CACACACACACGCCCCUGUCAUCACAGCACUGCACAUUUCCACUAAGUUAGAACAUUACUAAGAGGAGACCCGAGAGGAAGGCUCUAAGUGGAACUAUGGACGUUGGAUCCAGAAAGCUGCUGCUGCUGAUCCUGUUGUUGAAUAUUACAGUUUCAGUAUCAGGUAUCCAGGACGUGAAGGUGUCAUGCCAUCCUGAGAAGAUCUGUGCUCUGAGGGAGUCAUCUGUGACCCUGACGUGCUCUUACUCAAAUAUCAUCAUCAUCACUGGCUUCUGGUUCAGCCUAAAGGACAAAGCUAAAUGGAGGAAGGAGGAACAUCCAGAGGAUUUAGCUUUAGACUCAGACUACGCAGGACGUGUGAGCUACACAGGGAUGACAAAAUUCAGCUCGACUCUUACAAUAACAGACCUGAGAGAGAGAGACUCAGGGGAAUAUCACCUCGUGUUCAUUACGGAUAAAGGAGAGAAAUAUCUGAGCUCAGCUGGAGUUACUCUAACAGUUACAGACCUGCAGGUGACCCACGACUCCACACAACAAACUCUCACCUGCCGCACUUCCUGUCCUCUGACCUUUACUGUUCACCGGUACUACUGGUACAAGAAUGGACAAUACUUAAAGGAAUACAAAGACAAUGUGGAAACUUUCCCUUUAAGUAAAGCUGAAGAAGGCAGUUACUCCUGCUCUGUUCACGGCUAUGGUACUAUUCUCUCUCUUCCAGUGUGUGUUCGCAGGAGCUGUUAUAGUGUGACCUACAGAGACAAAAGAGUCUGUGCUGUGGAAGGAUCUUCAGUGGAGUUUGCUGGAAGUUACUCACAUCCCAGUGAUCUGAGUGUUAGAGAAGUAUUCUGGUUUUAUUUUCAGCGUGGUAAAGUCUUCCAGGACCUGAAGCAGGAAACACAGUUUACUAAUCGAGUUGAAUAUGUGAAACAAGACAAAAGCAGCACUUUGAAAAUGAAAAACCUGACAAAGAAAGACUCUGGAGAAUAUCAACUUAGAUUCCUUAAUAAUGAUGGUGAAGGAUUCAUUGGUAAACCUGGAGUGAUUCUGAGUGUUACAGAUCUGCAGGUAAGAGCGAGUCGCUCUGCAGUGGCAUCAGAAGGACAGACUACAGUAACGCUGAGCUGCAUCACCUCCUGCACUCUGUCUAACAACCCCACUUACAUGUGGUACAGGAACGGACAGCCUGUUACUGACAAACUCACCAAACACAACAAGCUCUACCUGAACUCCAGUGAAGAUGCAGGAAACUACUCCUGUGCUGUGAGACGACGUGAGGAUCUCCGUUCUCCUGAACUAACUGUGACAUGGUCAGAGAAUUACACAGUGUUAAUGCUCAUCAUGGUGGGCCUGGCAGUAACACUCCUGUCAGGAGGUCUGUGGAUGUGGAAGAGGACGUCGAGCUCAGAUAAUGGCCACAGCAGCACUGGUGAGAGUGGACAGCGUCACUCUCCAGCUGUUUAUGAAAAUGUCUCAGCCUCAGACCGCAGUGGAAGAGUCGCCUCAGAUGAUCAGGAUGACGUUCACUAUGCCAGUGUUGUCUUUAAAAACUCCCACAAACAGGAAGUGUCUCCGUCACCCAGACUUCCUCCAGACACCACAGAGGAAGAGGAUGUUCAGUAUGCUGCUGUGAACGUUAGCAGGAGCACUGCUGCCAUCCAGCUUGUAGCAGACGAAGCGGCUGAUGAUCCGUCUCAGCUCUACAGCAAGAUCCAGAAUCUCCCCACUUCAGCAGUGUAGCCCAUCAUUAGUCCUGUGAUCCUGGGAUCUAAAAGCUAAAGAGGUCCGAACUCUGCUUCCCAGAAUACAUUAUGGCCUACUAAGCUGGCUGCUACGAGCUACACUUCCCAGAAACCAUGGCAGCUAACCCGCGCUCAAUCAUCGGACUUCAAAUCACAGACACUCAAGCAAACCCUAUAAAAGAUAAUCCAAUUCAUGAUAUCUCUGUGAAGAAAACACUCAGUCUGUGCCAUACAUCUUUACCAAGGUCUUUUGUGUGGAGUUGUUGUUUUGGUUAUAGGAUUAUUGCCUGUUUUUUGAUUCACAAUUUUGUUUUUGCCUAACCUACUCUGUUUGCUCAAUGUCUCACCAUACCUGUGUUUUGACCUUGCCUUGUUCUUGCCUGAUGAUUUGGAUUUCACUGCAUUAUCUUUAUUAAAGUGUUGAACUGCA